AUGUGUACAGAUAAAACUUUAAUGCAUGCUACAUGCAAUGCCUGUUCAGAUCAAAAAAAGCAAAGUAGAUUAAGUAAAAAUUUAAAACCCAAAUCGAUCAAUGAUAAAAAUACUUCUUCUUUAUCCUUGGAUAAAUAUGAAUCUGUAUAUAUAAACAUAGAUGGUAGUGAAAACAAUGAUGAUGAAAUUCUAUAUAACUUUUGUGACCUUGAAGAGCUUAUUCUUGCUAAAUUUAAAGACAGUGAAGAAAAGGAAGAGAAU